AUGUCUCGAUACUUACACUCCAAAAACGUUUUAGGACAGUCGCUCUUCCAAAAAAUAAACGAAUGCCGUGUACUAAUCAUUGGAGCUGGUGGGAUCGGUUGCGAGUUAUUAAAGAACUUGGCAAUGAGUGGUUUUCUUCAAAUCGAACUGGUUGAUCUAGAUACAAUCGAACUUUCGAAUUUAAACCGACAAUUUUUAUUUCAAAAGCAACACAUUAAGAAAUCUAAGGCAAAAGUUGCACGUGAAUCCGCAUUAAAUUUUAACCCUGAUAUGAAUAUCAUUGCGCACCAUGCUAAUAUCAAAGACUCACAAUUUAACGUUGAGUGGUUUAAAAGUUUCGAUAUUGUGAUGAACGCAUUAGAUAAUCUUGAUGCCAGACGCCAUGUAAACAUGAUGUGUUUAGUUGCUGAUGUACCAUUGAUUGAAUCUGGUACAGAAGGAUAUUUAGGUCAAGUGACAGUCAUUAAAAAGGGAAUAUCCGAGUGUUAUGAUUGCCAACCUAAACCAUUAAAAAGAACUUUUCCAGUAUGUACGAUUCGAAGUACUCCAUCCCAACCUAUCCAUUGUAUCGAAUGGGCUAAAAGUUAUCUUUUUAGUCAGUUAUUUGGACUACCUGAAGAUGAUGAUGAUGAACGGUUAGAAGCAGAAAUGACGGAUGAAAAUGCGAAUGAAAUAGAUAAUCUUAGAAGAGAAACGCAAGCGUUAAAACAAAUUAGAGCAGCAAUGGGAACACUGGACUAUCCUCAAAGAGUUUUUAAAAAGGUUUUUACCGACGAUAUAAUUCGUUUACUUAGAAUGGAAGAUAUGUGGAAAAAUAGGAAACCUCCUGUACCUCUAAUAUAUGAAGAUAUAGAAAACCUAGUUACGGAGGGAGAUUCCGAUUUGAAUUACAUAGAAGAUUAUAAUAUGUUGAAAGAUCAACGAAUAUGGAGUCUAGCAGAAAACUUCGUUGUGUUCUUAGAUAGUGUUCGACGGCUAAGUAAUACAUUAUUAAAAAAACACAUCAGCAAUCCAAACGCUACGCUUUUAUUUGAUAAAGAUGAUCAGGAUGCUUUGGAUUUUGUAACAGCAUCAUCCAAUUUACGGUCAAUUAUUUUUAGUAUUGAUGUGAAGUCACAAUUUCAGAUUAAAGCAAUUGCUGGUAAUAUUAUUCCGGCUAUUGCAACGACAAAUGCAAUUAUUGCAGGGAUGAUCGUGUUUUUGGAUAGCUCACGACGACCACGAGUCCUUGUAUCCGAAAGUUUGACUUCACCAAAUCCAGAAUGUAGAGUUUGUAAUAACACGCAUAUAAUUCUGAGAGUAAACACCAGAACCGCAACUUUGCGUGAUUUUCUCGAAAAGGUUGUUCAUGGUCAAGAUGAUGACGAAAUGGAUAUUAAUGAAGUUACAGUGGAAGAGGGCGGAAGGAUUCUAUAUGAUGUUGAAUAUGAUGAUAAUCUUGACUCUACUUUUGAGCAACUUCAAAUUACUGAUGGUAAAUUAGUUACCGUAAAGCCAGAAGAACAAAGUACAUCUAUUUUUGCAAUUUCUCACAGAGAAAACUUUGAAACGUCUAAUAUAUGGUUUGAAGUCGAAGGUACUCCUUUUGUUAAGAAUCAGAUUUCCCAUAAUGACUCUGCACAUAAAAGAAAGUUGGAAGAAUCAGAAUUUGAUGCAUCCGAAAGAUCAUCUCGUAAACGUCCUGCAGUGGAAGAGUCAACGGUUGAAGUUGUAUCUGAUGAUGAGACAAUAUCUAUAUCGCGAGAAGGUAUAUACGAACACGAGAUAUAUGAAAAUGGAAUACGCGAAAAAAAUAAAGUAUAUAAUAUAGAUGAUGAAAAUAUUGAUAAAGAAGUAAUCAAAGAUGAUAAAAAAGAAAAUAGAAUUUGGGGAAUUAUAGUCAUUGAUUAA